CUUCGCUUUGACCUGUUGUCAUUCUUCGAGUUGUUGGGUCCCGACGCCAUACAGCCGACGAUCACUCAUUAGGUCCAUGGUGUAACGAAUCUGGUAUCAUCACCAUGUCGACACUCGACCAUCCCGAGCUCGGCCCGAUCCUAGGCGUCCGGGACGAAGGCCUGACCGUCUACCGUGGGAUCCCUUUCGCUCAGAUCCCACGCCGAUUUGCUCGAUCGACCUUGCAGACAUCGCUCGAAGCUCGAUGGACGCUGAGUGGGAUGUUCGAUGCAACUAAAGCAGGUCCUACCUCUAUUCAGCCAUUCGAAUCUCCGAGGCUAGACGCUGGCGAGCAGUCCAUACCGACGGACCUCAUCGCGCCGGAAGAAGGGCGAAAUCAAAGCGAAUACGAUUGCCUCAAUCUGACGGUCUAUGUCCCCAACCCAAAAGCGGAUGAGACAGCUAAGGGCGGUGCGCCAGUAGCUAAGCUGCCGGUCUUGAUCUUCUUGCAUGGGGGCGCCUUUAUAUGGGGAUCCGGCGAUCGAUCCUUCUACGCUCCCGAGACACUGCUCGCUCAGGCAAUCGAGGCGGACAAGCCUCUGAUACUGGUCACCGCCAACUAUCGUCUAGGAGCCCUCGGCUACCUACAUUCUCCCAGCGCGAGAGACGAGGAUGGGGAACUGCUCUUACCUCCCAAUAACGGGUUUCACGAUCAGACGGUCCUUUUCGAUUGGGUCAAGGCGUAUAUUGCAGGGUUUGGGGGUGAUCCGGGCAACAUCACGACCAUUGGUCAGAGUGCCGGGGCCGAGAGCCUGAGCAUACAUAACCUGCUGCCCAAGUAUGCAGAUAUGCCGGAGACCGAGAGGCCUUACCGGAAGAGCAUACUCUUUUCUGGCAGUCUGUUAUGCAUGCCCUCGAUGAUUGGGAGUCAGCACGAAGGGAAAUUUGUGCGUAUCGCCAAAAGGCUGGGAAGCAAGACGACCGGAAGGACGACCACGGAGUUGGCUCACGAUCUAAUCAACCAAGCCGAUGUGAACGUAUUCCGCGACUUGGGUUGGCACGGUACUCCUUGUCUAGAGACGGAAAUGCUACCGUAUAGGGAGGCUUCCUUGCUCACUAUUCUCGGUUCAGGCGUGAACAACCUGCCACGCGAUCCUUAUUAUCAACCGACCAAGCGAUGGGUUCAGGAGCAGAUAGUCAGCUCUGCCAAGUUUGACGGUGGCGUGACGUAUCAUGCUGUCAAAUCAAACAAGUCGCGCAGACAGGAUCACACUCGGGCGUUCAGGGAUCUGGCGGAAAAGCAUUUGCGUCAAUCGAUUGCGGAAGAUCUGUUUGAUCUCUAUGGGAUCUACUUGAACACCGAUGAUGACGAUACUCUUCGAGCCAUCAACCAGCUGGAAACCGAUCUGAGCUUCAUCUUGCCCACCAUCUACGAGGCGAUGGGUGCAGCGCGGGAGGGCUCGUUCGGGGUCCCGAUCGAUAUUCAGCACAUGCUCGAUGGUCCUCCUGAGACGACUAGAACGUAUCUCCAGCUGUGGCAGCUGCCGACCCCUUUCGAUGGUUUGCUCGAACCAGGAAAGUAUGCCAAUCAUACCUACGAUAUCGUCUCGUUCUUCGGCGCCUUCGAAGAUCGUCUCGACAUCACUCAACAACUGGUCAUCCGGGAAUGGAGAUCGAAGCUUAUCGAUUUCAUCUGUCUCGGCGGCGACGCGAUGGGAUGGAAGCCAUGGACGGAGGAUGACGGUCAUGCCACGGUUGUCGAUCUAGAUGGUAUGCGGACCCUCGGCCGGGACGAUUAUAUGGGGCCUCGGACUCGCCUAGGACGCCUGAUCGCAAUCGGAGAGCGCAUCGAUCCUAGACACGGACUUGACAUGCUUUUCAGCCGUGUCGUCCGGCCGUAUCUAUUUGACUCCUGAGGAGAUAGGUACUCAGAGCGUAGUACUGUCUUUGUAGCAGCUGUGGUUGUCUUGUAACGGCUCAAGUGGAUAAGGUCGGGAGACCCUCUCCU